AGUGAUACGGACAAUAGGCUUCUAUUGAAAUUAUUGAAAUGAAUGUUAGAACGAAAGUGUUAUGACCAUGGAGACUUUAGCGUUUACAGUAGCUAGUUAGUAUCUGUGUCGUCCUACUGUAGAAUGGGUAUUCUUAUGGAAUCUUCCGAAGUGAAUCUAUGCACUGCCAGAUACGCGAGCGGUACGGAAGUGUUCGGCGCGAUGGCCACUCCGAGUGACUACUACAGCGACACCAUCCACACCAUUGCCAUCAACACCAGGGAGACAGAAUUCGGCAAGAUUGUAGAGCCCAUCCCGAUAACCCUGAAAGCAUACCAGCAGUUCCAAGCACACGGACAUGCUAUACAUGGUUACGGGUUUCCGCAGCAAAUGUUAACAGCUCUAACUGUUCCCCGAAUUCCUGAUGAUGCUGAAAAACCUUCUACGUCAUCGCAAACUACCCCCUCCAAGGAGGAAACGAAGGAUCAUCAGACUGUGCGACCGCCACCGAAAAAGAAAUGGAUAAAGGAGUAUUUAGAGGAGGAGCCGAAGUCCCCGGUGUCGGUGCGUGUGGUGACAGGGUUGUCGGUGACGACUCGUAGCAACGGCGUGGUGCGGCCGACGUCGCCGGUGCCGGUGACCCCCGCGCCCGCCUCCGCGCUCGUGUUCGAGCCAGCCCCUGCCCCCGCCCCCGCUCCCGCGCCGCCCGCGCCCCUCCUCGACUUCGUACAAGAACAUUCCAGGCCGCGUACAACAAGCACCAGUCAUGGGACCCCCCAGGUCCCCUCCCCCCCGUCAGUGGGCAGUAACAGCAGCGGCAGUGGCAGCGGCAGCGCCCCUCGCGCCGGCACGAGAGAAGUCCACAACAAGCUCGAGAAGAACCGACGGGCACACCUUAAGGAGUGCUUCGAGCUGCUUAAACGGCAGUUGCCUGCUACCCCUGAUGACAAGAAGACGUCUAAUUUGUCGAUAUUGGCGUCAGCGAUUAGAUAUAUCCAGGUCCUCCGCCGCAAAGAGCGCGAAUGCGAGCACGAGAUGGAGAGGCUGGCGCGCGAGAAGAUCGCCGCGCAGCAGCGCCUCGCGGCGUUGAAGCGGGAGGUGUCCGUGCGCGCCUCGGUGCGACCGAGGAGCACGGAGAAUGAAGAAAUGGAAAGGGAUGAUCGAGUCAAUGGACAAGUAGUGGGAAUCCCUAUAAGUAUUACCUCAUCCCCCCCAACCGUGGCGCGGAUCAAGACCUCGCCCCCCCGCACCCUGAACCUCAGCACGAAGCUCCGCACGCUUCCCAUACAGAUCACGCCCACCACCUCGCAGGUCGUCCGGACGUCGUACGGCACGCGGCACAACACGCUCACGCUCACUACGUUGGCGCCCGCGAAGUCAGCACAGAACGGCCACCUGGAGAACGGCGUCAGCAAUACCUUAAGCACCACGCUGGUGCACCCCGCGCAAAUACACCUCCCGAUAUCGCAAGUGGUGGGCAGCGGCGGACUAGUGGUGGGGGGCGCGGCGCUGCAGCUGCUGUCGGCGGGCGGCGGGCUGCGCGUGCUGCACCCGCACCCGCACCCGCACCAACACCACACCAACGGUGAGUGCUGCGCUCCUGGAGUGACAACAGGGGAUAGUAAUCAUAGAAUACAAAGAGAAAAUGGCAUUGUGUCACCACCUCCUGCCUCUUCAGAAGGCGUGGUGGUGAGCGGGCUGACGCCGCUCGUGGUGUCGCAGGCCGGCCACCUGCUGCAGACACACACCCUCGCGCACAAGAUGGUAGAAACCCAAGUGGUGAGCGGCAGCGGCGGCCCUUUAACAGUGAGCGCGUCGUACCUCAGCGCCGCCGCCAUCGUGAAGCCCCUCGUGGUCCUCCCCCCCUCCACCACCGCCCCGCCCAACACGUGAGGGGACCCGCGGAGACUUGGGACCUGCAUCAACACUUCCAGAACCCCCGCAGUCUUUUGAGCGUCGUCGUCUAGUCUAGUAAACUUGCACCCAGUUGCGUCAGCAUUGCGUCGGGCAGCCAUUGAGUUGACGCCGACGCUAGUGUGGGGGGUUUCUUCGAUGCGCUGUUUGUCAAACACUGCCAUUCUACGAGCAAUAAUCGCCCAAGUCUCUGGAGCGCAGCUACCUCAAUAACGCGCUUUCGUCGCUUCCACAACCAUUCCUUGGCGAGGUGAGGUCAUUUUUUAUUCUGACUGUCGAUGUGCGCGUGGAAAAAGACGACGACGUACGGAGCGGAAAAAAAUUAAACUUCAUGGGAACUUUAUAUUAUAUGACAGCUAUUAAUUUGUUAAUGUAAAUUUGUCCCAUGUUCGCUAAGGCGAAGCCGCAGACAUGAACGGAGCGAAUAAAAACGGUAACCCUUACCUUGGCAAUUUAAAAAUCGUGAGCUUUAUCUGUCUAUAGAGCAAAAAAAAACACGAAAAAUACAAAAAUAGAAAUUGUGUACAGUUGCAGUCUUGUAAACCAAUGUUGUCGGUAGAAAGUACAUAAUUUGUUUUCGCGAUCUUUCUGCUAAGGAAUUAGUUUACCAGACUAUUUUGGUCUUAUCCAUAAACGCACAAGCCUCAAUUAGCUAUAACUUAUUGAGGCUUGUAAACUUUUAUGAAUAAGGGGGUACAUCUUGUUUGACAUGUUGCCAAGAAAAGGUAUGACGUCAGAAUAGUCAGUCAGUGAAACUGGCCUCACUUAGCGAGUGG